CAUCGCGUAUUCUCACGUCGUGGUCUUUAUGUCAGCUCCGUUUUCGGAGGAAAACAAAGCCCGUUAAACGUUGGAGGUCGGCCAGCUAGCGCUUGGAAUCAGUGGCGUUACACGAAUCGUAUCUUCGCAAAAGAAACACCACAGCAACGUUUGACGCUUAAGGAUCCAUCAACUCUCCUCAUGCUACAUCAGUGUUGAGGCACUUCCGUACUUCCUCAGGAUGGCUAGCUGUGGAGAGGUAGACCACUCUGUCAGUUCGCUUCCAUCCAGUAAGAAAGGCAAUAACGGUGGAAGUGGGAACAGUGCCGAAUCGUCAUGCUCAGGCUCCAGUAACCCGUCCCCAGCCCUGUCUGUGCCGGAGUGUGCCAUCUGUCUGCAGAGCUGCGUCCACCCAGUCCAACUACCGUGCCAUCACGUCUUCUGUUUCCUGUGCGUAAAAGGAGCGUCCUGGCAGAGCAAACGCUGUGCUCUCUGUAGACAGGAAGUACCGGAUGACUUCCUGGAAAGGCCGACACUUCUCUCUCCGGAGGAGCUGAAGGCGUCGGCGGGAGGCAGGGGAGGGGCAGCCAGUGAUCACGCCUGGUACUACGAGGGCCGUAAUGGCUGGUGGCAGUAUGACGAGCGGACCAGCCGCGAGCUGGAGGACGCUUUUUCCAAGGGCAAGAAAACCGCUGAAAUGCUUAUUGCUGGGUUUUUAUAUGUAGCUGACUUGGAGAACAUGGUGCAAUACAGGCGCAACGAGCACGGUCGUAGGCGCAAGAUGAAAAGGGACGUUUUGGAUAUCCCCAAGAAGGGAGUGGCGGGACUGCGUUUGGACACGGAGGGUGUUACUGGGGCCAUUGGGGCAGCAGGUCGGGAAAGCUCUGCUGAUGGAGCGGAUAUGACAGUAGCCGGUGCACAGCAGCAGGUUACCGGUAUACCCUCUACUGUCGCAGCACCGACGAGACCUCCCACCUCCCUUGGCGCCCAGCCGGGCGCCAGCAGCGGCAGCCCCACUGUGGAGGAUGCUCUCUCCCAACUGCAAAUCACACCCAGGCCCACACCUUCUCACGAGCGGUCUGAUGCUGGGGAAGGGGAGGAAGAAGAUGAGGAAGAGGAGGCCUCACCCUCCAGGUCCUCUGACCCUCACACCUCUGUGGACGAGUCUGGCUCUGGAGACUGGAGCGAUGAUGAUGAUGAAGAGGAGGAGGAGGGGGGAGAUGGCGAGCGUGUAGAGCCCUGGGAGGAUAGGCCACGGAGGCAAAGACUGACUCCAGAGGACAGAACCCCUCCUGGCGCGGAGUCUGCGUCGCCUCCUUCGUCCAGUAGCAGUGGAAGGUCCAGAAUGCCUGACGGCCAGUGCACGGUGACUGAAGUGUGAAGUCGUCAUUAAGGCCUCCAUCAACAAAUUGCUAUUUUUCAUUUCAUUAAUUUAUUCCUCGCUGUAUGCUGUCAUUUACUCCCGUCACGGAUCGGAUGAGUAGAUUUGCUCGGAAAAAGAGAAGUUAAACAUAACCUACUCUCAUAUUUGAGAUAAACCACUAAAUUUGCUCACAAUAUUUCAGGAUGUAUCUGGAUGGUUUGUUUCAAAUCUCAUCCAAUAUAUAUAGAUAAGUAGAAUCACUGUUGAGGGUUCUAGUACUGAGGCGGGAGGCACAGCCUGCUAUUUGGUCCGAUGGAUGCUGCAUGUUGGUGUGAGCCGUGACGUCUCAUAAUAGUCUGUCCAGCAAAUCAUGUGAGGUCACAAACGUAUUGUGCUGCUCAGCUGCCAUCAGUCUGUUCACUUUUUUUUUUUUUCAUUUGGUUGAAGGCAUAUCAUGUCGUUUAAAAAUGUCACAGAAAUGGACGUUAAACGGUGAAAAUGACUUCCCACUCUGCUGCCUUGCCUAUCCAGGGAAGUCUCGUCUGUAAAUUGAUUAUCCUCCCACCCAGAGGGCUCGAGGGAGUCCAGUCAGGUCAGUGACAUUCGAGGGAAAAAGCAUGAAUUGGGACGUUACUCCUGAGAAUGGAACCAGCUGAAUUUGAAUCAUCUAGACGUUAACUCGCUCAGCUAACAUAGCACACAGAAAUGGGCUUGUUAGAGCUCAAGUCACCCGACUACUCAUGCAAAGAAUUUAACAGUUGAUAAUAAAUAGUUCCUAACCAAUUUUGUCUUACUUUGGAUUGAACUGAUAAUGAAGGCUUUCCUUCUAAUGUCUGGAAAUUGGGUCAUUUCCGAGCAGAUUGUUUGAGGAAAAGCUUUUUAGGUUGUUUAUCCAGAUAAAGAAAAGGAAACAUUUGUACUUUGCUUGUCAGCAAUGUUUAACUUCUCAAUUUAUGUGCUACAACAUUGCAACUCAAGAGCCUGCAGGAUAUUCUGGCUCCCUGCUGAUGGUUGCUCUUUGAUCUGAUUGUAAUUAACCUACAGCUUCUGAAAUCUCUAUCGUUAACAAAUUAAUGUGCAAUAUAGAAGCGCAUAUUGAAUUGAUUUUGAGGCUUUUCCAGCUUUAAAUAAUUUGAAUGUGAAGUAUCCGUGUUUUCAUUAUUAAAGCUGUCGAGGCCCCUGUAGCCUCACAAGUAUUCUUACUGUCCCUGACUGAAGUGUUCUCAAUUGGAGUGUCUCUAAUGUUUUGUGAUUCGUGCAUGUUUGAAGUCGGCAGGAUGAGGAGAGUACAUUUUUGAGUUUGUUUUAACAAAUAAUGUUGUGUUAUGUCUCUUAUGGUUGUCAAGCUGUAUGAUGUCAGAGGCAGUCAGUUGCUAUUGGCCACUCUGUAGAUUUUCAAGUUUUUUUUAUUUCUUUUUUUUAGCCAUCAUCAGCUCAGUCUUUGACUUUUCAUUCUAAAGAAUAAAGUUUAUGUAACUAUGUGUUUUUUUUAUGUUUUUUGCUCUGCAAAUUUCUUACAUGGUUUGUGACUUAAGAAUAAAUUUUAUUUCAUCAUCCUAAAAAGUA